ACCAAAAAACUAAAGAGACAUUUAAGUAAAAUGAAAUCAAAGCGAACAAUCAAUCGAUUUGUGAGUUUUGAAUACCGUCGUAUACAUGAGCAAUUAACCAAGUUACGACCGAAACGCGUGCCUUAUUCCGGCCUUAAGUUCAAAUUAGUUUCAAUAAUGCAUACAAUUACACACUCGACCUAAGCAACUAAGAAAAACAAAAAAACAAAAGAAAUAACUUGAUUAAUUGUAAGCCAGGACUAGGACAAGUUACCAGUUGAACGGCAUCGCCUACAUUGUCUCCAUAUCCUUCUAAUCAGGAGACUCCUAUUAGAAGCGCCACUCGUGUCCGACCAGGCCCAAAAAUGAACUGCCCUAUGUGGCAUGUUCAUUUUGCAAGUCCUCGAUGCCACAUAGGAACUAAUCGCUCUGGGUUCUGAAGCAUUAAUACGACAGUUACGGGAGCCUUCAAUAAACACAACAACUAAAGAUAUACACAUUAUAAAAGAACUGGGGGAACUGGCCGUGCCGCCGGUCCUAAUGUUUAAAAUGGAUGCCGCUGACUUCUGGCAUCAGGCUCGAGCACCUUUCGGUCAGCAGGAUCACCAGCAGAGCUUGAAUCAACAGCACCACCUCCAGCAUCAUCCGCAUGGCGAGCCGCCGCCCCAGCAUCAUGACCAGCUCAUUAAUGCAGCCACCAAUAAUAACAAUAACAAUUCUCCUCAAAUCGGCUCCAAACUGGAAGCCGGUCAGUUGCAGCAGCAACAGCAACACCAGCAACACCCACACCAGCACCCGCUCCUUCAGUCACAUGUCGAGCAGCAGCCGCCCUUUGGCGGCGAAGCUUUCGGCCCAAUCGGUCAACAAUCUACACCAGGAACGCAAUUGAGUAACCAUCAUUUGCUGUUUAAUGCGGCCGCCGCAGCAGCAGCAGCAGCCCACCUCAAGUCCACUGCCCUCCAUAAUUCUGGGCCGGAUGUCACGCUUCCACUCCAUAAUCCAAUCAAUGUUGCUGUUGCUGCUGGCGCUGGUCUCGGGAUAAAGCCAAAGCAGGAGCAUGAUCUACAGCAACAGCAACAGUCCGCCCAACAACAACAACAACAGCAGCAACAGCAGCAGCAACAUACAGAUCCCACAGCCUAUGCAGCCGAUUUUUUCGGAUCAAAUGCGGUUGUGGGAUCCAGCAAUGUUGAAAGUGACACCGGCACCACGGGCACCAGUGGCACAAACCCUGAUCAGGAUCUUGGACACCCACAACAGCAGCAGCAGCAACAAGAACAACAGCAACAGCAUCAGCCAUCAGGUGGAGGUCCGGCACAGCCGCCACGACAGGCUCUUAGUCCUGGCUCCAAGCCAUUGUCGCAAGGUCAACAGUCGCCGCAGCAUUCCAUUACGCCAUCUGGCGGCAGCUCGACGCCCGACAUCAAAUACAAUAACGACAAGCUAGCCAACGAGAUUCAGCUUCAGCUCUCCAGGUCGAGCAGCGCCGCGGCGAUCAGUGAACGCACCCUUGAAGAAUGUUGGUCAACCCUGCAACGACUUUUCAUGCACAAGAGCGCCAUGCAGCAGAUCCAGCAACAGAUUCCCCGCGUCGGACUGGGCACACACGGUGUACCCGGCGCCACUAGCUUGGGUGGCGGAACGCCCGGGGCGGAUACCAAGCCACACCAGUGCCAGCAGUGUAUGAAGAGCUUCUCCAGCAAUCAUCAGCUGGUGCAGCACAUUCGUGUCCAUACUGGGGAGAAGCCAUACAAAUGCUCCUACUGUGAUCGUAGAUUUAAGCAGCUGUCCCACGUCCAGCAGCACACUCGUCUGCACACCGGAGAGCGCCCCUACAAAUGUCAUUUGCCGGACUGCGGGCGCGCCUUUAUUCAGCUAUCCAAUCUUCAGCAGCACCUACGUAAUCAUGACGCCCAAGUGGAACGAGCCAAGAAUCGUCCUUUCCAUUGUAACAUUUGUGGUAAAGGAUUCGCCACCGAGUCAAGUCUGCGCACUCACACAUCUAAGGAGCUACAGCUGCAUCUUGGUGUCUUGCAGCAGCAUGCGGCACUAAUUGGCGGUCCCAAUGCAACCUCCUGUCCAGUUUGCCACAAGCUUUUCCUCGGCACUGAAGCGCUGGUCGAUCACAUGAAACACGUUCACAAGGAGAAAAGUCCCCCGCCGUCUGGAGCUGCCGUCUCCCAAUUCGGCGAGGUGAUACACGGUAGCAGUGGUGGUAGCAGCACCGGCAACCCUCCUGCAUCGCAAUGCAUCUCCGAGUCCAGCUGUGGCCAGGUCCCUCCACAUCCUUCGGCCACUGGUGGAUCAAACUUAAACGACAGCUACCUGGGAAAACGGAGAACGGCGAACCACCCCUGCCCGGUCUGUGGCAAACACUAUGUUAACGAGGGAUCCCUGCGAAAGCACUUGGCCUGCCACGCUGAGACUUCCCAGCUAACAAACAGCCUCCGCAUGUGGCCAUGCAGUGUGUGCCAGGCUGUGUUCACCCACGAGAACGGCCUUUUAACGCACAUGGACUCAAUGCGCAUGGAUCCCAAACAUCAGUUUGCAGCGCAGUAUGUUUUGUCGAGAGCUGCUGCAGAGCAACGGGAACGUGAGUCCAUACUUGCUGCCACUUUGGCAGCAGGUGGCGGAAUUGGUGAGGCGAGAAAUCUGCUACCCAUUGGUGCCAACAAUCCGGGUGGAUCAAAGUGUCCGUCGCCAUCAGCGAAUUCGGAGUGCUCAUCGAAUGGUCGCCUCUCAUCGUCAUCUGCCUCUGAACACGAUCAUGAUCCGGAUCAUGAGCACGGACUCAGUGACAAUGAGAAUAGUAGCCACAACAACAACCGCCAUAUUGCCAACACAAACAAUAACAACAACUGCACGAAUAACAACAACAACAACCAUAGCAAUAACAAUAAUAAUAAUAACAACAACUGCAGCUCAGGAAAAAUGAACGAACUGCGCCUGCCCAGUGCCAAUCAAUACACCAUGGACACAGACCUGCAUGUGGCCAAUCGAAUGUCGUUGAUGGCAGCAGCUGCUGCCGCAGCCGGUGUUGAUGCCCCAGCAGGAUCAGUGCCCAGUGCGGCCGUUCAGGCUGCUGUCGUCAACCUAGCCGCCGCAAUGCGCAUGAACAAUCCCAGCAACGGUUCCGCUCUGGUUGGCCACUCCUCCCACUCACAUGGUCAUCCGCAUGCGGCGCUGCAGCACCAGCAGCACCACGGUGAGCAUCCGCAUGCACACGCCCAUCCCUACCAUCCCCACCACCAUCACCAUCUACACCAACAACAACAGCAGCAGCAACAACAACAGGUCUCCCAUGCCGUAAAUAGUAACUCGCGACGCUCACCUACCAUCAAUGUGCCGAACAUGAAUAUGAACAUGAACGCCAACAUAAUGCCCCAGCAGCAUCAUCAAGCGUCAGCUUCAAACUAUUCCCAGCACGCGAUAGCUCCAAGCUCACAGGUGCAAUCGCAGCCUCAUCACGCCCACCAUCAUCAUCCUGAGACGUCAUUGCGCAUGCAUCAGCAAGCCGAGGCCAUACUGCGGUCCCACACGGAAGCCGCUUUUCGCCUGGCUGCCAGCGGAGGCGUCAAAAACGAAUCCGACCACACACCAACGGCAACUGCCUCCAGUGCCAGUAACUUCGGAUCAUCGUCACAACAACAACAACAGCAGCAGCAACAACAACAAAACCAGGAGCAGGCAGCCUCAAAUCCCUCAAGUUCAUGAAAUCUGGCCAACUGGAACCAGAGCCAGGGCCAGCAAUAAAAAGGCAGCUGCAGAAGCAAGUACAACGAUUUUGUAUCGAAUCAAAUGCAUCAUCAUACAAAAUGCAGAAGCGGAGCGAAGCAAGAGCAGUUUACAACUACAAUAAGAUGGAAAAACUUUUAUAAAUUGCGUAUUGAUGUGUAAAACCUCUAUAAAUAUACCUACCUAAGUAUGUAUGUUAGUAUGUAUCGAUAUAUCGAUGGAUGAUGUAUAUGAAUGUCUGUCUAUAAAAGCAUUAGGGAGCGGAGUCCAUCACAUUCAAUCAUCGAUCCAUUGGGCCAUCGAAUUCAAUAAGAAUUCAAGCACAAUUUAGAUGAAAAUUUUUAAAUUGUAUAGAGUAAAAACAAAGAUGUGUGUUUUGUGCAAUACGUUUUAAGGGGAAUGGGGAUCCAAAAUACAAGUACAUAUAUGUACAAAUA